AUGAUCUUGUUACUCUCCUCAUCAGCCACAGGCCAUUACGGUGUCUGGUGGGGGGACCGGACUGCUCCAUUACGGUGUCUGGUGGGGGGACCGGACUGCUCCAUUACGGUGUCUGGUGGGGGGACCGGACUGCUUCAUUACGGUGUCUGGUGGGGGGACCGGACUGCUCCAUUAUGGUGUCUGGUGGGUGGACCGGACUGCUCCAUUACGGUGUCUGGUGGGAGUACCGGACUGCUCCAUUACGGUGUCUGGUGGGGGGACCGGACUGCUUCAUUACGGUGUCUGGUGGGGGGACCGGACUGCUCCAUUACGGUGUCUGGUGGGGAGACCGGACUGCUCCAUUACGGUGUCUGGUGGGGGGACCGGACUGCUCCAUUACGGUGUCUGGUGGGGGGACCGGACUGCUCCAUUACGGUGUCGGUGGGGGGUAUGAGGACUGCUCCAUUACGGUGUCUGGUGGGGGGACCGGACUGCUCCAUUAUGGUGUCUGGUGGGGAGACCGGACUGCUCCAUUACGGUGUCGGUGGGGGGACCGGACUGCUCCAUUACGGUGUCGGUGGGGGGUAUGAGGACUGCUCCAUUACGGUGUCUGGUGGGGGGACCGAACUGCUCCAUUACGGUGUCGGUGGGGGGACCGGACUGCUCCAUUACGGUGUCGGUGGGGGGUAUGAGGACUCCCUUGCUAGAAUAAACCAAUCAGACAGGGCCAUAAGAUAUUUUAUUUUAAGGAUAUUCUUCGUCUUCGGCUCCUUGAAUAGGAGUGAGUGUACAGACAGAAUUAAUUUUGAGACAUUGAGUGUGUUCGUCUCUGUAUUUGUGUAUUCAUGCACUGUACUGAAUAGCAAUGUGUGUGUGUGUGUGUGUGUGUGUGUGUGUGUCCAUUACGGUGUCUGGUGGGGGGACCGGACUGCUCCAUUAUGGUGUCUGGUGGGGGGACCGGACUGCUCCAUUACGGUGUCUGGUGGGAGUACCGGACUGCUCCAUUACGGUGUCUGGUGGGGGGACCGGACUGCUUCAUUACGGUGUCUUGUGGGGGGACCGGACUGCUCCAUUACGGUGUCUGGUGGGGAGACCGGACUGCUCCAUUACGGUGUCUGGUGGGGGGACCGGACUGCUCCAUUACGGUGUCUGGUGGGGGGACCGGACUGCUCCAUUACGGUGUCGGUGGGGGGUAUGAGGACUGCUCCAUUACGGUGUCUGGUGGGGGGACCGGACUGCUCCAUUAUGGUGUCUGGUGGGGAGACCGGACUGCUCCAUUACGGUGUUGGUGGGGGGACCGGACUGCUCCAUUACGGUGUCGGUGGGGGGUAUGAGGACUCCCUUGCUAGAAUAAACCAAUCAGACAGGGCCAUAAGAUAUUUUAUUUUAAGGAUAUUCUUCGUCUUCGGCUCCUUGAAUAGGAGUGAGUGUACAGACAGAAUUAAUUUCGAGACAUUGAGUGUGUUCGUCUCUGUAUUUGUGUAUUCAUGCACUGUACUGAAUAGCAAUGUGUGUGUGUGUGUGUGUGUGUGUGUGUGUGUGUGUGUGUGUGUGUGUGUGUGUGUACCUCUGGUGUCUCAGUAGCAGACACACAACUCUCUAAGGCAGCGCCUUGUUUUUUGUGGACAGAUGGAUCUGCGGUAGAGUGCAUCUCAUGCUCCAGGGAUGUGUUUACCUUUGUCAGAGGAAGAACAUGUAAACCAUGAAAAACAUUUAACCUUAUUAAUGUAGCAAACAUCUUCAGUGUGAUAGUGAAUUAAUAUAUCAUUGAAUGAGUAUAUCGCACAAGAACACAUUCACUGAGUGUACAAAACAUUAUGAACACCUACUCUUUCCAUGACAUUUGCAUAUCAUUGGCAGUUUCUAAUCCUAUUUAUUUGCAUCUCCGAUUCAAAUCUGUUUAUUUUCCUGCAGUCUGAACAGCCAAAAAGCCCAUGGAAUCUGAUAUUUCAGGCCAAAUUUCAAAACCACCUUCGUAGGUGGUUUGACGUCAGAUACAAAUCUGAUUCCUGGCCAUGUGACUUUUGUCUGAAUGCUCAAAUCUGAUUUAUUUGCCCUCAAGUGGUUUUUAAACUGUUAUUUGGCAUAUCUUGUUGCUUGCUGGCUACUCUGACAGUUUGACAAGAACAUGUGGUAGCUAACUAGCUUGUUAAUUGUUUACAAACAAAUUAGUGAAUGUGCUAUAAAGCUAAACAGCUAGCUAGCUAGUUGACUGCUGUGGCUAGCCAGAAAGGAUUUGUUUUGAAAGUUGGAUCAUGUUAUCCUUUGAGGCAUUAAAAGUGUUCUUACACUAUGAUUUUGAACAUUCAAAGCAACUGGGAAACAUCCAUGGCAGGCAUUGUUGUCACCUUAGCAUGCUACAUAACUUCUGAGUGAUAGGAAGCACAAGCACCACCACCAAUCAGCCUACACCACUGCACACACACGCCAUUACUAUGACAACUAGCAUAGGCUUGUCAGCAAAUGACUGCUGUCUGAACACGCAAAUCCGAUUUGGUUACUUGUAACUUGCUGUUUAGACAGUCAGUAGUUCAAAACGGAUUUGAAAAACAAAACUUAUUUGAGCAUUAAGGCCUGCAGUGUGAACAAGGCUUUAGACUGACCAGGUGAAUCCAGGUGAAAGCUAUGAUCCCUUAUUGAUCCACUUCAAUAAGUGUAGAUGAAGGGGAGGAGACAGAAUGGGCAAGACAACAUUUUUAAGUGCCUUUGAACGGGGUAUGGUAGUAGGUGCCUGGCACAGGCCUGUUGCGGUGACCAUAUUUCCGCCACACCGGCUGUCACGAGUCAUGAAGGCAGUCAAAUUCCACGUGACCGUUUAGUCACGGUAAUUAAGCUUCUCCAAGCUCUGAUUCUGCUGAUGGUCAUUAGUAGCCUACCAAACUUACUAACUGCCUUGUACUCAGCACUCUAUUGUCCCUCUAAUCACUCUGACAUCAAUGCAAAUCUGUCUGAUGAGAGUCUGAUGAGUCUGAUGAGAGCAGAGCAGAUAGCACCAACAUGUCUUACAGCGCAAAGAUAGGCCCGUCCAUCCUCAGCAGUGACCUGGCCUGCCUGGGCACUGAAUGUGUCCGAAUGAUGGAGUGCGGGGCUGACUUCUUGCACCUCGACGUUAUGGACGGUCAUUUUGUACCCAACAUCACGUUCGGUCAUCCCAUGGUGGAGUGCCUGAGGAACUGUGUGGGGCCGGGCCCUUUCUUUGACAUGCACAUGAUGGUAUCAAGGCCAGAGCAGUGGGUGAAACCCAUGGCAGCAGCAGGAGCCAAUCAGUACACAUUCCACCUAGAGGCCACCACCAAAAAAAAAAAAAAAAAAAAAAUCUGGAAACCUCAUCAAGGAGAUCAGAGAGAGCGGCAUGAAGGUGGGCCUGGCCAUAAAGCCUGGGACUACAGUAGAGGAGUUGGCCCCGUGGGCUGGACAGAUCAACAUGGCUUUGGUCAUGACUGUGGAGCCUGGCUUCGGAGGCCAGAAGUUCAUGGAGGACAUGAUGCCCAAGGUGAGCUGGCUGAGGAGUCAGUUUCCCUCUCUGGACAUUGAGGUGGACGGAGGAGUGGGUCCUUCUACCAUCCAUAAGUGUGCUGAGGCAGGCGCUAACAUGAUUGUGUCGGGCAGUGCUGUGGUAAGCAGUGACGACCCUCGCUCUGUCAUCGCAACGCUGCGCACCGCCGUCUCGGAGGCCAUCCAGAAACGCUCGCUGGACCGCUGA